AUGCCAUUUGCAUGGGGUCAAAGAGUAUAUCCAGGUAGAAAAUUUGCGCAGGUGGAACUUGUUCUUGUUGCCGUGUUGGCUGCAUUGUUCAAAGAAUGGGAAGUUGAGGUUGUACCGAAGGAAAGAGAGAUGGAAGAACAGGCGAGGAUAAGAGCCUGGAAGAGUAGUUUGGUGGUAGAUCAUGAAAUACAUAUGUUGCAUGAAGUGGUUGAUCCGGAAAGUGUGGGAUUGAGAUGGGUGAAGUGGUGA